GCGGUUCUGACAGUAAAUGAGUGACGAGAGCUAGAUUUCCAAGGUGUGGCUACUGUGUGUCUCUAACACAUAACUAAUUCGCACUCUUCUUUGAUGGCUGGAAACUGCUCCUACGCAGCGUAUACUGACUUAUGCUUAUGGUCAAAACCCAUUUUGUUAUUAUUAUUAUUAUUAUUAAACCUGUGCUUACGCCGAAUGUCAGGAAUUUAACUUAUCUCCAAGCCGACAAUCCUAGAGGCAAACAUGUGGUUGGAUUUUCCAUUCUCUCUUUGCCUCUGCAAACUGCAAAACUGCGGAGGGAAACACGUCAAUCAAGACGAAUAUCCUCUCUGCCUCAGAGUUACCUCCUCCUGAAAGGAAUGGAGUCGUUCUCGAAGCGAUACUUAUUCUGGCGAUGUUCAAUGCUGGGCUGCACGUCCCAUUGAGGAGAGAUUGUAAUAAAGCUUCCUCGUCAAUCAAUGGAGAUCCAAUUGCGAGGGAUAGCUUUCAUUCCCUAUGUGGAUAUGGCCCCACCGCCCUAGAGGCAUUGUUUGCUUCCUGCAUCGAUACAAAAACCUUGGAACAGAGCCAACAAUGCGGGUUGGCAGUUGAAUUCCGAUCUACUACCUACGGCAGUCCAGAUUAAGCAGUGCUCAAGCAAAUCGCAGUAUCCGGAGCUGAGAAACAAGAGCUCAAGUCCGCACGGUUGCGACGACACUCGGACAAAUUCAUCGAGUUGAUCGCUGCAGUGGGCCACCCUGUCAACGCCACAAUGUCUUUGGGCCUUUUUUCUUACUCGCUAGUUAUAUGCAGCAGCAAGACGCAAGACGCAAGACGCAACCUGCCAACAACGCUUAGGAGCCAAUCUUUGUUUCCAUCCAACCCUUUUCCAUCUCCUUCAGGACAGCUCCAGAAGUCGAACUUUUACUAUUCCACCCAUUCCUGCGGGUGUGGUGCUACACAGAGGAAGACCCUUUGUGUACCCGUUUUUCCUUUGGUCUUGAUCGUAAAGCAUGGUCAACUCAAACUAGCAAUUUCUCCGUACACCAAGGCCCUGAUGUUGUUGCACUUCGGAGAAUAUUAUCCAAAAUGCCAAGAAAUCAUUACACUUUGUGUCCCAAAAUGUUUUUGAAAAAUUCAGAUUGCUGUGGAAUGACAUGACUUCGGAAGAGGGAUGAUCUUUGCAUUCGAUCUCCGCAGCUUAAAAAAGCAGUAUCUCGCAGAGCCAAAGCUUCGGAGCUUGUUGCUUCGACGGAACUAUAUGCUGGGGUGUUAAUUUGCUUGGUUGAGGAGUGCACAUUGCGGCUAGGGAUGCGUUGCUGCAUAGGCGCUACAUAACAAGCUUUUCUUUCCUUUGGGUCUAUCCUGUCAGUUAUUAUCGCAAGCUGUGCGCUGCUGCUUGACGUGUUUCUCACCCUCCUUUCUGUUCAAGAAUCUUAAGACGGCCCCUUUCUUCCGUCCCCCAUCCUGUGUAAGUUUGAGGGCUCGAAACUAGUAUGUGCCAUAUUGUGUAACCUCAGCAUCUGACACACCCAGUUGAGCUCGUGCACAACCUGAAUAAUUCAUGAGGCGACGACAGAUACAGCGCAAUGACACGCACCUGUCGUCGAGCUUUCGCCGUCCUUGCGGGGUGCUUCAGGCAUAGGACAUCCCGCAGGUAUGACCUCCACCACGCCAGCUCAACAUGGUCACGACGGCAAGACGUCGAGGGUUGGAUUGCAUCCGUCAGAAGUAGUUGCUGCUGCAGAAUCAAUGGGUAAGCGCACAGCGGCAUGAUCUACAUUUGUUUAACGCUACCAUGACAGCUAGCAAUUGAUGGCUUUCAUUCUCUCUUUCAGAACUCCUGCACAUGACUGACUCGGCCCCCGACAAUCCCCUUUAGACCCGUGUUGCUGGGUACUGUGGCUGCUAGAAAUCCAUACACACUAUAUCUCUUCUUCUUCCUUUUGUGGAACUAUCUUAUACCUGUUGGGAUUCAGACCCUGCGCCGCUUUUCGUGACAACAGCGUGGCUUGAAGGUUCAUCUCUUAUAUUUCAAAACCUCGCAAAUGAUGUCUCACUAUCGUAUUUAUAGUAUUUUUGCUUUCAUAAUUGGCAUAUGUUUCAUUUUGCGCAAUUUACUAGAUUUCAAUGUCUAUAUCGCAGUACCGCCUGCGUGCCUCUCUCUCGUCCAAGGUUUGCAGCAGAGAAAGGAACACUUUCUUGCCUUCAAGCCCUGUUUCCCUUGGAAUGAAAUUUAUCAUAGAUCGACCUCCUGGUCUAUGAGAAGGAAUGGGCGUUGAACUUCUGUUAACAGUCGUAUCUUCAGAUUAGACCUAUUGCCGCGGGGACUGGGAAUUGAUAGGGCCAAUUUUCCUUAACGGCCUUGAGCGUUUGGAGCUGGUAGUUGGUAUGUCCGGCGGAUUGGUAGGAUUGCGGCAUGUCAUCCGCUUAUGCAUCUACACGGUUACCCUACGAGAUUCCUCAUAUCGGCGCUGGCGCAAUGGACCAGAGUGAAGGGUCGCAGCCUAACUAUGACCAUUCGGAAAAGCACGUCAAUUAUUCGAAGCAAUAUACCGAUAACUCCCUCUCAGGUCUACAUUCCAAUGCGGCAGAUCUCACGAGGAAUUGGAACUUUGAGAGGGCUCAAUCAGUGGAGGAGGGAGACGCAAUUGAAAGCAGAAGUCAAGGUCUGCAUAGAGAAAAUUCAAUACAGCCUUUGAAUUACGAGACGCCGCAGAAUGUGACGUUAGAAAUCGCAGCUUCAGCACCCCUCGAAUACGGAAAAUUUGCGCCGCCAAUGCAACUUGAGUGUUUUCAGGCAUCAGCAGGUGAUUCUGCAACACAUCUGGAUUCAUCCCAUGCUUCUACUCAUAUUAUGGGCGGGUUUCGGGUAAACGGCGCACCUCAGUUCUACAGCACCUCUCCUACCUUCUAUCCGCUCGCGAACGCCGCCUCUACCAUAUCCGGUAUAACUCCUUCGUCAGAGGACCCUUGUAACUACUUUGGAUAUCCUGACGCAGCGGCCCUUUCUUUUCCUGACCCAAGCGUUUCCCGCUUCCUGGGCUUGCCUUCAUUAGCCACAGGAGGUUUUCCGGCCAUAACCCCUAGCCACUCUCAUAUGGUUGAUUCAAAAUCGUUGACCGAGGCAUUUCAGCAAAGAGAACUGCGAUGGUGCCGCAACUUACCUCACAACAGACCUCCGUACCGAUCUCAAAGGUUGUUACAGCCCGAUCCCAGCAAGAAUAUCAAGAACCCGCAACCGCCUUAUUAUCCUCACGAACAAAAUAGACCCAUCCUACAGUCUAGUAACGGAUUCAGUGCACCCGAACCGAUGAAGCAUCCAGACAUGGUACCACCCCAGGACUCCAUAUGGAUGUCCCGUUCAAAUAUACCAAAUGAUUUUAACAACCCUGGCGGGAGGAUUGUAUCCGACUUAAAAGUAUGUCCUGACAUUGCCUUUACAAUCGAGGAUCAGGAUGGCUCCAGUAUUCUGCCAGCACCACUCCCUGAAAACGUCACGUACCAAUACUCAACUAAUUACCCUGCGAGGGAACCGAGCGCUAUAGAUACUUUAAACUAUAUAGCAACCCGACCAAACCCUGAAAUCAACCUUGGGCCCAUUGACAUGUCCUGCGCUUUUGUUAUAUGUCGAAUUACAGCCAAUGAUUGUCCUAUUAUGUAUAUUUCUGAUGCAUUCAGCCGAUUGACUGGCUAUUCACUCGAGGAAUCAGUCGGGCGUGACUGUCGUUUACUUCAGGAACCAACAGGGAUCAUCGAACCUGCUUUGAGGCGUAGAUCCGUCGAUGAUAGGACCAUCCGUCACUUGAAACGCAAAAUAAAUGCUAGAUCCGAGGUCCAAGAGUGCCUGGUCAACUAUCGAAAAGGAGGCCAACCGUUUCUGAAUCUGCUUUCCGUGGUCCCGAUCCGGUGGUUUUCGGAUGAGUAUAAUUUUUGUGUCGGGUUUCAGCUGGAUCUGGUAGAUUCUCCCCAGGCAGUUACGGGAAAAAAUUGUGAUGGCUCGUAUAUAGUUAACUACCGAAGAUUGGAACUUUCACCAAAUAUAUACGAUCCGGGAGGCAUGACCAGUUCGCAAAAUAAAUACCCGCCCUUUAAAUAUCAAAACCACAGCAAUACCACUACCGAUAGAGCUAAUGGCCAAAGUCCUGUUCCUUUAGGAACCUCCUUGGAUGAAGCGAUUUUGGGAAGUUCGGAGUUCCUAUUCCACAUAAUGUCAACAACUGGGGUAUUUAUAUACAUCACGCCUUCAACAUCUGCUAUUCUAGAAUACGAAUCCAAGGAACUAAAUGGUUCGACGCUCUCCUCAAUUUGCCAUCCUAGUGACGUUGUUGCUGUGAUAAGGGAGCUUAGGGACCGUGAGCCCGGUUCUGUCGUCAAUCUUCUCUUUCGUAUUCGAAGGAAAAAGAGCGGCUAUACAUGGUUCGAAAGCCUGGGAUCUGUCUACAUCGAGUCCACGCGAAACCAAAAACACAUAGCUUUUCUUGGAAAACUGCGGGUGGUUUUCGCCAUGUCCCGAGACGAGCUGAUGAAGAACGGUGGAAUCAACGAUGGCGAGAUCUGGGCAAAGAUCUCACCUUCAGGAAUUUUACUUUUUAUUUCGUCCAGUGGCAGUGCUUUCCUAGAUAGGCGUUCUGAAGGCUUGGUGGGAGAGAGGGUCCAGAAUCUGCUGAGCGACGACUCACGAGCAGAAUUUGAGAAUGCAUUGGGCAUUGCACGCAGUGGGAAACGAGUCACCUGUAAACAUGAAUUACAACAUCGUCGAGGCCACUUGCUACAAGCCCAGAGCACGAUAUACCCUGGUGAAACUCCUUGCGGAAGUUCGAAGCCUACGUUUUUGAUUCUUCAAAUUCGGCUUCUAAAAUUGGGGAGGCCUAUAUUCAGUUUCCAGGCGAAUGCGACGACGACGAGGACACGGAAGAAGCUCAACAGUAAUACAACGAUGCGGCCAUCCAUUGCGUCAGAUUCACACCCGCGCCCCUCUCCAGCCUUGACUCGCCCCAACCACGGGAAUCGAAAUAUCACGACCUCCCAGUCCUCCUCCAUCUACACAAGGCAACAUACAACCAUGCGUCCAUAUCUUAAACCGGAACUAACCAAUAUCGCAACACACAAUGGACACAUCCCUGACCAUUCCCUUCUAUGUAGACAGUGGGAACACGAGACGGCGGGAAAAGCAAUCAGAGAGAGCUGCAACAUCUUCGAGGAACUAAACCCGACCCGCGCCACAAACUGGCGCACGGAGCUAGAUCAUUUAAAAAGACGCAACAGGCUGCUCGUCGAGGAGUUGCACUAUUUAACCACUUUGAAAAGGAGGCGGAAGCGGAAAAGGGAUGUGGAGGUGCCGGAGAAGGACUGUUCACAAUGCCAUACCAAGACAACGCCAGAGUGGAGGAAGGGCCCAAGUGGAAAUCGGGAUUUGUGUAAUAGCUGCGGAUUGAGGUGGGCUAAGCAGAAUGGUCGAAUAACCACAAUGCCACGGAAAUCUUCUUUGCGUGGAACAAAACCUGUCGAGGCGUCGAAAGCUGUCUGAUACGUCGACAAAUGAGUCAGGCGUACCAGGGGGAUAAUGAAUUUCAUCUUCAAUUCUUCGUAUAUCUGGUCUUCUGUCCUUUCCUGUUCUAUUCUUCUCUUUUCGCUUCGCUUCUCUUUCUUUUACCCUUUUUUCAUUUGUUAACUAAUGAACGAUAACAUGAUAGCGUUUGGGAUGACUAUAAGACAUGAUUAAUGUGUGACGGGAUACUUUGCUCUGGGCUAUGUAGAUCAUGAGGAACCACUAUAAUACAGAUAAUGAUUAAAAUGAAAGCACAAGCACGAUUGAAGAGACUGAAAGUUGAAAUUAAUAAAAACUCAAUUCAAGCUGAGAUGUUGGCUGUUAAAAAGCUGAAUAUGCGGAGUAUAU